AUGUCUGGAGGACACGGAAUGUCCAGUUUCAAACGGGUUCAGCAAUGGCUGACCUUUGCCCGGCAGUGGCAUAUCAUUAAUGCUGCUUGGCAGGACCCUGACAAGCUUGCUGCGAAAAUCAUCGUUUAUUUGCGAGGGAUGAACAAACCGAUUUUUCAUGUGCCACCAACAGAACAGUUGUCUGAUCUGGUUUUUGGAACAAUUCAUAAAGCGGAUCCUUGCCGGAUAAUGUUCAUGGCAGUAUCCUAUGCGCUUAGAGGUCCUCAUAGUUUUGGUAUGCGGCGACUGUUCCUUGAACGUUUGCACGUAUUUCCUGACAAGGAAAUCCCCAAAAAGCUACUAAUGAAUGUCAGUUCCCAGCUUCGACAAGUGAUGCCUAUUCCAAAGACAUAUGACGAUUACACAGAAGAAGAAAAAGCUAAGUUUCCGAUAAUCUAUUCAGGCUACACUUAUGCUCAAGCUAUGUCAGCCUUAGAUGACGAAAAAAUCGUUCCUGGCUGA